AACAGAUGUUAGCUCAGGUGUCAAUCUUUAAAAAAGCAACAAAACAUUUAUUGAGCACCUAACGCAUGCCCCAUACUAAGUGAAGAUUUGAUGAUAUUAGGAUGGAUGAAAUACUCAGCAGACAGGAUGAACUUGAGGUAUAAUAGGGAAAUUAUAGCGUGCUAAGGGAAAAGAGACAUAUAAUUAGAAGAAACUGUUAAAAAUACCAGAAGAGAAGUCAGUGCAGGGAAUGAGUCACAAAGGGGUGUCAGGGAAGUUUUCACAGAAGAGGAGUCUCUGGACCCGAGCGUCGAAAGGUCAGUGUUUGUGAAGACGGAUAGAUGGGAGAUUCUGAGAGUAGGGAGGAUACGGUAGGUAGAGGGAGCAACAGGAUCACAGAUCCAAAGGCAUAAGAAUGUGUAUAACAUUUAAACACCUGAAACAGAAUCAAAGGAAACAGGGCACUAGAUAAUAUCGAAGAUGGAGGGAAGUCUUAGAUGCUAUAAGAAAAGUUUAAUCUUUAUUCUAUAAGCAAUAGGGAACUACUAGAAAUUUUCCAGCAAGGGAAUAAAUGGUCCAUUUAUGACUUGUGAAGAUAUUUCUGCAAACAACAGAGAGGAUGAAUUAGAGAAAACUACACCGAAGAAAAGGAGACCAGUUACAGAACUCCUGCAACAAUCUGAGGAGAAGCGAUAAAGGUUUAAGUGAGGAUGAGGAGAAUGGGACAAAUUGAGAGAAGUGAAAAAAGUAGUACCCUCAGGAGAGUUUUAACAGUGCCCAGGUCUCUUGCAUGUGGGUGGCUCAAUAUAAGUCUUUUGGAUAAAACAUACUGCCUAUCAGUACAUGCUGUGGAGGUAAGUGUGCCUCAGAGACUGAAUAAACUGGGAAAACAAGACAAGUCAUCAAAUUCUCCAGAGCAAAUGAGAGGCAACAUGUGUUUUGGGCUUAUUUAUCCACAUAGUUUUUCAAGACUCUUACCUUCCCAAAGUUUGUUUUUACACAGACCAAUCAUGAUGCUUCCCAGUUGGGCACUGAUCUGGACAGUGACCAUCUAUCAAUAAGGUAAUGCCAGGUGAUUCAGGCAGAUGCUUAGGCUGAGGAUGGCUUUUACCUAUAACUCUGAGUUAACUUUGUGACCACUGCCACCAUCAUAAAUCUUCUUAUAAAUUAUUGAAAUGACAUGGGCUGAAUGUCAAAGUCUAACUCCAUCACUAGCUUCCUGCGUGAUCUUAUACUUGUCACUUGGGCCUCUUAAGAACUUUAUUUUUCCUUAAUUGAUCUUCAAACAACCAAGGUUGCUUACUCCUGACUCAUACGGGAAAAAUACAAGGAAAUAAAAAUCCUCUAAGUUGGAUCUGCCCCUUCCUCCUCAGCCACGACUCUAUGUAAGAGAACAUACCAACCCUCAGGGAUGGGGAACAACCAUUGCUUCCAUCUUGUGUUUAUUUACUCCAUCAGAAAGUGAAAAUCCAAGCUCACUAGAAACUGUUUAUCUUUUAUAGGAAGGGCACAGGAGGAAAUUCACAUUUACCUGUACUGCCUACAUUUCUGUGGUAACCUUGAAUUUCAUGCUCGUUCUCUAUGUAUGCAUGUCUGGACCUUUGUGAACAUAUCAUCUCCAUCACCAUCUUUGUCAACUUCUUUGUGUUAAAUUCAUCAUUUACCCUUGACCUCUUAGUAUCUAUGAAAUGAAAUAAAACAUUGAAGAGAAGAUGUCAUUUCUGAAAGGUCUAAAAUUCCAUUGAUGGAAAGAGGAAAUUGAGGAGCUAAUAAAACUCACCACUGAAAGUUCUGUAGAGUGUUCCUUACACAAAUUAUUCAUGGAUUUAUAUAUUUUGAAACUGGCAGGCAGUGUGGUAUAAUGGAAAGAUCCUAGAACUAAGAGAAGAAAACUGUGUUACUUUUUCUCUGCCACUGGUUUUCUGAAUUACUUUGGAAAAUUGGCUUAUACUUAUUGAUUUCAGUUUUGGUAUUAUUAAAGUGGGAAUAACAGCUUUCUCCCUAAACUCAGAGGGAUAUUAGGAAAUUUUAUUGUAAUUAAGUGUGCAGUAGCUUUUAAAACAAUAAUAUGCUGUUCAAAUUGACCCAUAUCAUCUUGUUACUGAAAGGCAUUUGAGGGUUGAUUUAUUCCAAAGGCUUUUAAGCCAUAGAAACAAAGUGAAACUUGAAUAAAAUCAGAGCUGCUCUGAUUCACGAAGAUGUAGGGAACCCAUAAUUCUUUCCAUAAAGCCUUCCUUAGAUCUCUUCCUCAGCAACUUCUAGGGGUGAUCACAAAGUCCCCAAUCAAGUACGGUAGGAAAGCAAAUGAUCUAGCUCAAAACUCAACUUGUACUAAUGAGGGAACUGAAGCAAGUAGAACUGAGUGAUUUCCCUGGUAACACAGCUAGUUCAUGAAGAAUAAGAUAUAUUUAUGUAUGUUCAUUUUCUGUAUGAGGUAAAACUUUGAUUUCGUUACCUAAGUAAUAUUAUUUCUUUCCAAGCUGUACUUGGAGGAGGAAAUAUCAUCCAAUGGCCCUGAGAAAUCAUACCAGGGUGUCUGAAUUCAUUUUUUGUGGCCUUACCCAGUCUCAAGAGUUAAGCUUGCUCUUAUUUUUAUUUUUAGCUGUGAUUUAUGUAACAACUGUGUUAGCAAAUGUUGCCAUCAUGAUCACUGUGACCUGUGAGCCUCGCCUUCACACCCCCAUGUACUUCCUGCUCCGCAAUCUCUCUGUCUUGGACAUCUGCUUCUCCUCCAUCACUGCUCCGAAGGUCCUAGCUGACCUUCUUUCAAGGAGAAAGACCAUCUCCUUCAACGGUUGCAUCACACAGAUGUUUUUCUUCCACCUCCUCGGUGGAGCAGACAUUUUUUCUCUCUCUGUGAUGGCCUUUGAUCGCUACAUGGCCAUCUCCAAGCCCCUGCACUAUGUGACCAUCAUGAGUAGGGGGAGAUGCACUGCCCUCAUUGUGGCUUCCUGGAUGGGGGGCUUUGUCCACUCCAUUGUGCAGAUUUCCCUUUUGCUACCCCUCCCCUUCUGUGGACCUAAUGUUGUUGAUGGCUUCUAUUGUGAUGUCCCGCAGGUGCUCAAACUCGCCUGCACUGACACCUUUGUCAUUGAGCUUUUAAUGAUUUCCAACAAUGGCCUGGUCACUACCCUGUGGUUUGUCCUUCUUCUUGUGUCAUACACAGUGAUCUUGAUGAUGCUGAGAACUCAAACUGGAGAAGGCAGGAAGAAAGCCAUCUCUACCUGCACAGCCCACAUCACUGUGGUGACACUGCACUUUGUGCCCUGCAUCUAUGUCUAUGCCCGGCCCUUCACUGCCCUCCCCAUGGACAGAGCUGUCUCCAUCACCUUCACUGUCAUCAUCCCUGUUCUGAACCCCAUGAUUUACACCCUGAGGAACCAAGAGAUGAAGUCAUCCAUGAGAAGACUGAAGAGAAGAAUCAUGCUUUCUGAAAGGGGAUAGCCUGAUUACAGAUUGUGGAUCAAGCUGCAAGAAUAUAAUUGAGAUAUUUUCUUAAAAUAUUAGCUGUCACAUAUUGUCAUGCCUCAACCAUAAAUAGACGAGUAUAGCAAGAUGGCACAGGCACAAAGGAUCAGCUACCUGGCACAACGAUAUUGAGAAGGAACACCAGCAAGAAAUUAAGCAGAUAGAACAUAGUCCUUAAAGAGCAAUUGACAGCAAGCAGGGCACAAACGUGAAAUACUGUAGAAAUUCUUGGUGUCCAGGCAAUGGGAUGAAAGAUAGGACUGUGGUGUCCAGACAUGCAGUAGGCAACAGGGACACAACCAUUCAGUAUGUGUAGAGACUUAGUUUUAAGGAUCUUCAUUGUCUUUCACUCCCUGUGACUUCCUAACAGUUGGAUGUGACCUAGAACUUAUACAGUCUUAUUUUUAAAGCUCCAAUAUAUGCCUACAGCAAGGGUAAGAAUCUGGAACUACCUGUCUAACUGUUCAUACUAUUGCCUCAGACAUAAGUUAGUUUGACUAGUUGAAAAAGGAAAAGCUGUAUCUAAGCCAAUAAAUAUUUUUUUCCUAUGUGCACUUCUUUGUCAUUUCCCUUACCACAGUGCAUUAAAGAGCUCCAGAGAACUUAGCAGAUCUAAUUCUCCAUUAUAUUCGCAGUGUCUAGAAAAGUGCCUGACCUGUAAGAAGCUAUUAGUGUUUGUUCAUUGAAUUUGUGGCAUGGAAGGAAAGGAAUUUAUAUAAGAGUAUGACAUCAGUUCUACUUAAUCAUGGUUUUUAGAAUUUAUUUAUUUAUUUUUAUUGAAGUAACAUUGGAUUAUAACAUUAUAAAACUUUCAGGUG